AGCCACUCGGCUCGAGCCCUGCGCCAGCGGCUCGGUGGGCGGACCGCGCCGCUCUGGGCCCCGCCUGGGAAACAGACCGCGUGCCCCGCUCGGCUUCCACUGUGGGGCGGAGGCGGCGCGCGCGCGUGCGGGGGGUCGCGGCGGUUCGCAUGGCGCUCGUCACCGACGCCCAGGAUCCGAGACAAGAAGCUGGCGAACGAGAGCGGCCUUCAGCAUCCGAACUCCUGCCUGCAGCCCUCCGUCCUCGUGGGGGGGUUCCAGGCCCUCCUCAGCGGCAUCGAGGCGCCCGGGGUGCGCCGCUCGGCGUCCUCCUGCGUGACACGCACAUUGAGGAGGGCGCCUACAUCUUGUUCGGCACCCUUCUGCUCUCGAGUCUGCUUUACCACGUUAUCUGGAUCCGCAGGAGUCGACGCAGAGAGCGGCAGUCCCAGCGCAGCAACAAGCUGGACGAGCUCAGGCGCGGCCUCGUGCUGCACUUCGCGCCGCUGGUGGCGGUCGACAGCUAUCAGUUCAAGGGCAUGACGGAGACCAAGUGCGGGGUCACUCUGGACUUCCAGGACCUGGGGCUGACUCUCAAGAAUGGUGGCCGGAGAGUGCUGGACGGCGUCACUGGGAGGUUCGAGCGAGGGAAGAUGAUUGCCAUAAUGGGCCCUUCUGGCUCUGGCAAAACGACAUUCAUGAACACCUUGUGCGGCAAAGCCACGUAUGGCAACGUGACGGGCACCGUCACCAUCAAUGGUAGACAGGGGAAGAUGAAUGACCUCAAGCCCAUCAUGGGCUUCGUGCCCCAGGACGACGUAGUGCACGAGAGACUCACGGUCCGCGAGCAGCUCGAGAUGUCGGCGAAGCUAAGGAACGACUACAGAACAACUCGGCAGGAUCUGAAAGACAUUGUCGAGGACGUGCUCCAUGUACUGCAGGUCCAGCACAUUCAAAGGAGCAUAGUGGGCGGGGUGGAUAAGCGUGGCAUCAGUGGUGGCCAGCGCAAGCGGGUCAACAUCGGACUCGAGUUGGCCGCCUGCCCCACCGUGCUCUUCUUGGACGAGCCGACCUCUGGCCUGGACUCUACGAGCUCGCUGAUGGUGGUCAGCUCGCUGAAGAAGAUGACGACCCUGGGGAUGACCAACAUCAUGGUGAUCCACCAGCCCCGGUACUCGCUCUUCGCGCUCUUCGACCAGGUCCUACUCCUAGGCACGGGGGGCCGCACUGUCUACUCUGGCAGGGCCGACAAGGCACUCCCAUACUUUGAGGGCCUCGGGUUCGAGAGGCCGCCUGCAGACAACCCCGCGGACUGGAUGAUGGACGUCAUCUCUGGGCAGGUGAAGAACCUUCGCUCUGCCGAGUCCAAUCCGGUGGAUCUGUUCGACAGGUGGGCAGAGGCGUCCGGCAGGCCCGAGAGCCCGUCGUCGCCUGAGGACGGACACGCGCUGAGGACCGCGCGGCUGGUUCAAGAGCACUCGCACCUGGUCGGCACGGAGAUCGUGCGGCAGGAGUGGAACCGAGUGGACACUGUAAACUCUGGGUACUUGGGGCUCAAGGGGUUCCAUAAGUUGGUGAAGAAUUGCUGCGACGUGGAUCCGGACAGGAAGAUCGUGGCGAUGCUGGCGGACCAGAUCAGCGCGGCGGGGCGGAUCGAGAAGAUGGGCUCGAUGCUGGGCUCGGAGCGUUUUGGGGUGCACGUGAGGAGGGACGACUUCGCCAAGUUUCUGCGGCUGUCUCAGGAGGAGCUGGUCGCCGGGCACAGGCACAUCCAAUCGGACGGGUCUCCUCAGGGCGACAGCGGGGACUCGUCCGACGACCUGCUGACGGAGGACGGCCUGGAGAGGCGUGUCUUUCCGGGCCCCUGCAGGCAGUGGGCCAUCAUGGCCCACGCGAGGAUGGUGCAGUUUUGGCGGGGCUGGAUGAGGCGGCUGCUGGACAUGAUCAUGGUCAUAUUUUGCGCCACUGCCUUCGCACUGGUGGGCAGAGGCGAAAUCGGCAGCCCCAUAGAGAUUAGCAUGUACCAGACAGGCUUGGCACUGCUCAUUCCUAUAUCUGUUUUGCCGACAUUUGCGGAUCGCCCAAUCUUUUGGAGGAUGAGCAGUGCUGGCACCAAUAUCAUGGCGUACUACAUGUCCCGGUUCGCCGUGAGCAUCAUCGAUGCGCUCAUGCUUUCUCUCGCUUACACGAUGACGUAUUAUCUGGUUGCGAGGCCAGGUUGCCCUGUAUCGAUUUAUCUUGAUCCUGCGCUAUACCUUGCGUGGUCAGUGGCAGCUACGGGUUAUUUGUUGUCAAUUGCCGUGCCGCCUGAGAGUGCGACACUAACAACUUUGGUGCUCAUGCUAGCUUUCACUCAAGUGCUUGGAAAAUUUGACACUACGCUCAAUUGGCUCAACGCUAAUGUGCAAUGGAAGGUGGUGUUGCUGUCGUUUGUUCCCACAAGGUGGUCUACCGAAAUGCAGUUCGUGAGAUAUGUAGAGCAUAACGACGGCGUGGCUAUGCCAAACCCGCCAGAUUGCUCCGAUAUGCAGGAUAGCAGCGUGGCUGCCUUCACAGACUGCCUGCCGCUCGUGGCCGACUGCAUCACGAAUCAGUCGGUGGCCGUAGGCGCUACUGUUCUGGCGUUGCAGUGCGAGAAGCUUUUCGAGAGAUGUGCCGCUGGUCAUUAUUCUUCCAAGAAGGUCAGUCAAGUAUUUCAACGCAUUAUGGGCUACUUCACUGCGAAGGGGAUGGCGAACUACCAGGCGUGGGCCUACCAUGUGUACACACACCAGGAGGGUACGUGUAGCUGGCUCUUUCACCGCUACGGCUGCUCUUCGCGGUGGUGUCACACGUACUCGCCGGCGGCGAAUCUGCUGCUGCAGGGCUUGCUCGGCCACAUUCUGGCCAUCUUGUGCCUGGCGCGGCAGGUGCCCGGCUCUGCGUCGCUUCGCGACUGUUGCUGCUGUUGUUGCCGGCGGCGCCACGACGCCAGGGCGCUCGUGCCCGCGGACGAGCCGGACGAGCUCGAAGACACCGAGGAGGACGGCGAGGGCGAGGACGGCGGCGCCCCCAGCCCCGCACCCUCCUCGCGGCGGGGCGAGCCCCGGUCGCCCAGCGCCGCGGGCAGCACGGCGCGCUCUGCCCCAUGGCCCGCGGCGCGUUCGCCGUCGCUGGUGGCCUCGUCCGUCGGGACGCCGUCGCCGUCCAACGGCUCGGGCUUCAGGCACCUCGCCGCCGCGCGGGCCUCGCCGACGAGCGGGCCGGUGCGGCUGCUGCCGGCUCCGGUGCCCGCGGGGCUGCCGGCCACCCCGGGCGGCUGCUCGCCAAUGUCACACCAGCGCUCGCCGGCCUCGCUCCGGCAGGUGCCGCUCGUGCCGGUGUCCCACCCGGGGGCCGCCAGUCCAGUCGGCCUGCCGAGCGCGGCUGCGACGCGCGUGCCCAACCUGAGGCUAACGCACUGAUACUUGCGGCGAAAGAGCGCCACUCCUCCUGCUUCUGCUCGUGCGCAUGCUCUUGAUCCUUCACCUCUCGAUUCCGCCCCUGCGCGUGGUGCAGUCUGCUCCCGAGCGGGACAGGCGCAACCCUGACACGGAG